AAGGAUGUUAAACUCCAAUUCGAUGUUUUGUCGUUUGAGGGCUGCACUUUAGGUCGGCCAAAAUUAUGGUCGGAUUGAUUGACGGGAAGAAGGUGAGGUCGAGAUCGCAGAUCGUUUGCGAGCGAUUGUGUGCCAACAAGGGAAAACCAAGCAGCCAAGCUGGGCUAGGUAGGUAUACCGCGAGGCAAGGGACUGUGUACUGCACUGCAGGUGCGGGGUGGGAUGAAAGGGCCAAAAGCAAGAGCUAAAGCCUCCAAAGAAGGACAAGAGGACACCGGCUGCGAGAAUGCAAUUCUUGUAAAGAACGAAGGCACCGGAGGCAGGAGAAUUGAAGAAAC